AUGACGACACCCACUUCUAGCAACGACAACCUUUACAGCGUGGACGGUGUACAAGCCAAAGUCCGUGAAGGCCUUGCCAAACUCGACAGCGAACUUAGCCAGUACAAGUAUUGCAAUGAGCUCGAACGCAGAACCGGUGUCCCCAAGAGCUAUGUGGUUCUCGGUGGUGGUGCAGUCAUCUUUGUCAUGAUCUUCUUCAAUCUCGCUGGCAAGUUUUUGACGAGCCUCAUCUCUUGGGCGUAUCCAGCUUACGCGUCGUUCAAGGCCAUUGAAAGCUCCUCUUCUGCUGAUGAUAAGCAAUGGCUGGUUUAUUGGACGGUUAUUGGCUUUGUGCAGCUUGUUGAGUUCUUUGCUGGUAUCAUUUUAUACUAUUUCCCCAUGUUCUAUCUCAUCAAGACUCUUUUUGUUCUUUGGCUUGCGCUGCCUCAAUUCCGGGGCGCCGAAGUUUUAUAUGGACGUUUCUUACGCCCCUAUCUUUUGAAUGCACAAAGCGACAUUGACAAGCAUGCCGAACAACUACGUCAAAAGGUUGGCGAAGCCGUAUCCGAUAUCACAUCAACCAAGAAAGAUUAA